ACGCUGUGGGACAAAGGCAAAACACGCACUUCCAAAACGUAAACAAUGCAAUGAGCGAGGUGGAUGCGGUCGCGAACGAAUUGGACUUUAAAUUGGUGGUAACGAGGAAAGGAAAAAAUCGCUCAAAGCAGAGAAACAAAGCACACACGUUCGUACAUCAGCUGGAAGAUAAAGAACGCGUCGAUCGAACCGAAUUUUGCCAUAAGACAGUACUCACGCAGCUGCAGCAGGCCGAGGCGGACCUACUGCAGUCGGAGUUUUUGCGCGAGUGUUUGGAAAAGCUUGAGCCGGUCCUGGUCGGCGUACAAGACAUCAUUUGUCUCGGUUUGGGCAACUUUCUCGACUGCACGAUUGCACGCUACCAGCUGGCGUUCAUACGCUGUGUACGCAACAAAGCUAAUCUCACCGCGAAGGGACAAUUUUUCGAUCCAGUGUUUACCCCGUCGGAGGUGGACACGCUGCAGCACGCCCUUGGUGAAACCGUCCUGCAGGAGAAUCUCGAAGGCAAGUACAGUGUCGAGCGCAAAACACUGUUCUUCCUUCCACACUGUCCGAAGCAGAUCGUGAACAACUUGCUGUGGAAGAAUUGGUACCCGCACCGGCUACCGAACGUGGUGCUUCUUUGCAACAGUUUCAGCACGGUGGUGAACAACGCUCCGGACCGAUUGCUGCGCAUCAACGCGGGUUACAUCUUGCGCGCGGUCGACCUGUUUCAGGAAGUGCCACUACGCAACAGCUUCCGCUUCGGCGACAUAUUUAACGACACUUCGCUUCAUUAUUUUGCGAACAACGACCGCCCGGCAGGGGACAACGCUGCCGUUUGGGACUGCACCGUAGAACCAUCGUACGCGGAGGACGAUCUCGAGCUCAUUUCCAAGGAGAAGGUAGCAAAACUUGCAUUUGCUUGAAAGCUUUCGGCACCAUGGCAACCGCUAUCCGUGCAGCAGCCGGCAGCCGUUCGCUGAAGCAACUGCUUUCCGAGCUGAAAGCGAUCCGGUCGGCCGAAGACUCCGGUGCGUUCGCGCUGGCCUCGAAGUACAUCACCGACCAGUACCGGCGGUUCGAGACGACGGAACAGCAGCACUGCCGGGCGAAGGAGGAGCUGCAGUUCACGGCGGAGACGUACCGCUGCUACCUGGAGAGCUUGCGCAAGCUGAAGGACCUGAACGAAAGCUACCGCGGCAAGGGCGAACGCAGCAUCCGCGACACGGCGGAUAUGGUGGGCUUCAAGCUGCCGCACGAUCCCAAGUAGAUGGGCAGGUUGUGUUUCGGGGCUCAAACAAAAACAGUACCAGCCUGGCGUGUAAAAACGUAUAAAACGUAAGCAAAUCUACAUAUAAUAUUAUCAUUCUAAAAA